GUCCAUGCCACUCCUGGUUGGAAAGGGCUGAAAUUCAGCUGCUUUCCUGAAAUUGUUCCGUAUCCAUCUCAAGGGGCUGCCCCUUUCCAAACAGGAGCUGCAGGCACAUCCAGGCAGUUGCUGGGUCCCCUCCUGCAGCGAUGCUGGGAGCUGAUAAAGCCACCCCACUUCUCCCUGGAGGUAACCGCGUUUCAGUGACAGCCUGUUCAUCCCAUGCAUGCAAUCCCCAAUGUGCUGAUGCCAUUCUGCCUGGAAAUCCGGUGGCUGCGACACCCAGAUGUGAGGCUGAACUGCUCAGGGGAAAGCUCAGCAAUCUUUUUUUCAGCCUGGAAUUUAAAACGAAACCAAAAGAAGCAAACCCCCUCUUUCUCUUUUUGUUUUUUUUCCCCCAAACAAUCUUUUAAUAAUAAUAAGAGAAUUGUGUUCUCCCCUGGAUAUUCUGGUGGCUGCCAGGUCUAUGUCAGCUGGGGAGAUCAGGGCCACAUGAAGAUGAAUUUACUGGAGGGCUGGGGUGUUGCGUUAUGGUCGGGCCCCCCACACAGACCUAUUAAAUCACGUUUGUUGCAUCAGCAGUAGCAGCCAGCAUCGGUCUGAGCAGCUUUCCUCCGAGAAGUGGAUAAUCCCGAUGACCACGGUCUCUGCGAUCUGAGCUGCAAGUUCAGCUCAGCUUCAGGAGAAGCCCUGGGAAGAUGCCGUCGGGGUAGGCUGCCCCAUCGCCGGUGGGACCUUGCUGGAAGGAGACACCAGGGGCAAAGCCAGAGCCCGCAAGCAGCUUGCUGCCACUCAUCUCUCUGGGCUGGAGAUGUCCCAGCAGGGUCUUGUUCAUCGCCGCUGAACAGGUGUGCUGGUCCUGGAGCCUCCGCGCUUUGCAAAUGAAGCCGCUCGCAGGGCCCUCGCUGGGCGAGGGGGAAGAGGAGGCGCAGGGACUCGCCCAGGGGCGCCGGCGGCGGCAGCGGCAGAGGACGAGCUGCCAACCCAGCCCCUCGCCUCGGAGGGAGCAGCAGGCAGAGCUGGUCGGACUCCCCACGUCUCCAGAUGAAGGGAGGAUGAGCCAGGGGCACCCAGAUGGGGUUUUGGCCAGGAGCGAGCAGAGUGUGGAGCAUGUCGGUGAGGUGCCAGGCACGGACAGGCAGGAGCUGGCUGUGCGCACCAGGGACAGUGACGGGACUGAGGAAGAUGCAGAAACCCCGGAGGAGUCGCUGCUGAGUUUCCCCAGCGAGCUCUCGGUGCUGGAAAGACUAGGCUUGCACAGGGUGGCUUUGACGGAGCAGGAUGUGGAGGCAGCCUUUGCCCACCUCGCCCUGGCUUUUCGCUGCGACGUGUUCACCCUGCGGCAACGGGUGCAGGUGGAGAAACGGGCACGGGACGCAGCAGAGGAAAACAUCCAGGAGGAGCUGGGGCAAUGCCGGGCUGCCCUGGAGGAAGCCCGGAUGAGCCGAGCGGUGGAGGUGAUGGUCCAACACGUGGAGAACCUGAAGCGGCACCACAUGCGGGAGCAUGCGGAGCUGGAGGAGAUGAAGCGCCUGAUCCAGCAAAACUCCCGCAACCGGCAGCUGGCGGAGACCCAGGACGAUGCAGAGCCACGGCUGAGGCCUCACCCCCUGAUGCGAACUUUCCAGCAGCUCUCCGGCUUCCCCCCUUAG